AAUUUCGCUGUGACUGGGAUUCCGGAAGAGUGUUGCAGGCAAUAACGGUGGCCUUCCAGCCAAUUCUGGAGGGCUGCAGGUUGCAAAUCUUGAUGCCUUGUCACAACAAACUAGUCGAGCCAUCCCUAACCUCCAAUCAAAAGUUGAGUGGAGGCCUUUUGAAAAAACUCUUCCAUCAAAAGUCCAUUUACGUCAGGCCUGACAAGGUCAUUUUGAGUGUGGAAAACCAAUCCCCAUCUUCUGAGGAAGACAGCCAUGCAGAGAGCCUUGAUUUUGCUCAAAUGUCAGACAGUGACAAAUGUGUCACUGGUAGUGUAGGUGACAUUUCCAAAGAGGUCGUCUCAGCUAUCUCCACUGUUGAGACCCAGUCCCUCUUCAGAAAUAACCCUUCCAUCUCCAGUGGUGAUCAAGUUAUUUGGUGUGUUGCUACCGAAGAUAUUUGCACCGGUGCACCUUCCAUCUCAGCUGACACCGCCACCAUGUCCACUAGUCCUCCUGUGAUCGCUAUUGAUGAUACCCUCAUCCUGGCCAGUGGAACCUCUGCAAUCUCCAGUGGCAACACCUCUGGUGUGUCCCAUGGUCCCCAACCAUCUGGCAAUAUUUCAUCCAGCACAUCCUACAGUACAUACCUGGACCUAUUUGAGGAAGAAUACCUCUCUGAUGACCAUGAUCUCCAGGAAGCCAUUUCAAGGUCUUUAGAUUCCAGUGCAAGUGAGAGUGAUUUAAAGGUGACGUUGGAGAGCGUAAUGGAGCGGAUUGCUUCUCGAGUAAAUAAUGACAGCACUGUACGCUUCAAUAUUGUAAGAAGAAAUGUGUGGGAUGGAGCAUCCAGAGCCAUGGGCAGAUCCAAUUUUUCACCCGAGAAGAAGGUUGACGUUAAGUUCACUGAUGACUAUGGGAUAUCUGAGGGUGCUGUGGACAAUGGAGGUCCUACUCGUGAGUUUUUCCGACUCUGUCUACACGAAAUCAAGGACAAGAUUGGCAUCUUUGAGGGUCCACCUAAUGCUAAAGUCCUUACAUGCAACUCCAAAGCAAUGAAAGACAAUGGAUACUUUUAUGCUGGUCAGAUCAUGGCAAUGUCAAUCGCCCAUGGGGGGCAGAGUCCGUGUUUCCUUUCUGAACUCUUGUACGAGUGUCUUAUAAAGGGUCCAGACAAUGUGAAGGUCAAAACUGAGCAUAUUACUGAUGAAGAAACAAGGUCACAGGUGCAGUCGAUCAUACGGGCUGAGACUGAAUCACAACUGCAAGAGGCAGUUGCACAGGCAGCCAGCUUAAUCAGUCUUGCUGGUCACAAUGUUCGCAUAACACUGGAAAACAAACAAGAGACUGCUUUGGACUUGGCACACUGGUAUGUCCUCCAGCGGACCCGUGCACCUUUUGAAAGGUUCAGAGAUGGUUUAACAUCUCUAGGUGUCCUAGAUGCUCUCCAGAGAUACCCUCUACAAACAAAGUGCCUUUUUGUGAAGGCUGAAAAGGGUUUAACAGCGACUGAUGUGGAGAAUCUCUUCAAGAUCAUUUACUCCGAAAGAGGGAGUAAUGCAUUUCGAGAAGAGUGCCGAAUCCUGGCUUUCUGGCAAGACUAUCUUCAGGAUGCUGAAAUUGAAAACGAUGUCUCUCUAGAAGAUAUUCUUGUUUUCUUUACUGGAUGUGACCGCAUUCCAGCACUGGGUUUCUCUCCAAAGCCCAGCCUUGAAUUCAUCACCCACUGCCGAUUUCCAGUGGCUAAUACUUGCGAAAAUAUUCUUCGCAUACCAGUUCAUGCAGAAUACACAGAUUUCAGAUCUGACAUGAAUUUUGCCAUACGCAAUUCACCCGGAUUUGGAAGAGCAUGAGAUGUCAAAAACAUUG